CUUUCUUUCACCGUUCCAGAAUCCAAACACAACCUUAACCUUCCCGCCAAAAACAAUUGUUCUGCUCUCUCUCUCUCUCUCUCUCUCUCUCUUCCCUUCUACGCCGUUCCCACAUCUCCCACUUCAGUAAUCCCCAAAAUGGAUGCGGACAUGGACAUUCCUCUUCCAGACGAGCUCGAAUGGCUCGAAGCCAACUCUCACCUCCACGACGAUUACCCAGACUUCGAUGACCCCUCACAACCCUACCCACAAGACGAACACGAACACGAAUUCCAACCCCAAUCCAACCACCAAAAUCACCAACAACCCCAACCCCCAAAACCCACCCUGUCAAUCCCUCCAAAAACCGCACCAGCCGCAAAAACCCAAAUCAAGAAACGCUUCCGAUCCGACGGCCAGGAUUCGUCGGUUACGGAGGAAGGGGCCCGGUCGGAGGAUAAAAGGAAAAGGGGUGAUGAUGUGAGGUUGGAAAAUGAAGAGGGGGAGGGAGCGGAAGAAGAUUGGCUUCGGUACUCACCGCCACCUACUGAGGAGGGGGGUGGAAUGGUUGAGGAGGAUGUGGUGGUCGAGGAGGAGAGGGUUGUGUCGAGAUUUGCUUCGGAGAUUGACGGGGAUUUCGUCCCAGUGACUGGAUUGGAUGGGGAGAGGGUUUAUGCCAAGAUGAGUAGUAGGGUGGGGGAGAUGAAUGGGUUGAAGAAAAUGGGUUUCAAAGUGCAUACUGGUGGUCUUAUUUCUGAACCCAUCAACAUCCUAAUUCAGAGGGCAGAAACACAGGCAUUCACAAAGGCUCUUCAAUCCAGCGUUGAAGGUUUGUCUGAUGCAAUCCUUCCUGAAACACCAGUGAUGAAUGAAAAGCUUUGGGUUGAUAAAUACGCUCCAAAUUCUUUUAUGGAACUUCUUAGUGAUGAACAGACCAAUCGGGAGGUCCUUCUAUGGUUGAAGCAGUGGGAUUCAUGUGUUUUUGGAUCUGGUAUAAGGACAACAACAGAUGAGGUUUUGUCUUCUUUGAGACGCCAUUCAACGAUUGCCCAGCAUCAGAAACUGGCUGGUAGGAGCUUUUCAAGAAAUAAUAGAGACCAUACACUGAGUAAUGGAAAUUUCGAAGUUAACAAUGGUUUGGGUCUAGAAAGCAAUGAUGCCAAAGGUAUUCCGGAGUCAUGGGACAAGAAGACCAAGGGCGCAGGACCUACUGGUCCACCAGAGCGGAAGAUUCUUCUGCUUUGUGGGCCUCCAGGUCUAGGAAAAACGACCCUUGCGCAUGUAACGGCAAGACACUGUGGAUAUCGGGUUGUUGAGAUUAAUGCAAGUGAUGAUCGGUCUUCUUCAACAAUUGAAGGAAAAAUUCUCGAUGUGGUUCAGAUGAACUCUGUCAUGGCUGACAUGAAGCCCAAGUGUUUGGUAAUUGAUGAAAUUGAUGGAGCUCUUGGUGAUGGUAAGGGUGCUGUGGAGGUUAUUCUAAAGAUGCUCUCUGUUGAGAGAAAGUCUGAUGUUGGAAAAGAAGAUGAAUCUAAGGAGGGGCAAAUUGGAAGGACGUCCUCAAGAAAGAAACAUAGAAGUGCAUCAUUGUCAAGACCUGUGAUUUGCAUAUGUAAUGAUCUAUAUGCACCAGCCUUGAGACCUUUGCGCCAAGUGGCAAAGGUUCAUAUAUUCGUUCAACCAUCCGUGAGUCGUGUUGUAAGCAGGCUCAAAUAUAUAUGUAACAAGGAAGGACUGAAGACAAGUUCCAUUGCUCUUACUGCACUUGCAGAGUAUACUGAUUGUGACAUACGCUCGUGCUUAAACACUCUUCAGUUUCUCCACAAGAAGAAGGAAACUCUCAACGUGUUAGAGAUUGAUUCUCAAGUGGUUGGCCGGAAGGACACAUCAAGAAGUGUGUUUGAAAUUUGGAAAGAGAUUUUUCAGAAGAGAAAAGAGAAACGCGAAAGGAAGGUCGGUAAUGGCUGCAGCAGCAUGUCUAAAGAUUUUGAAUUUGUUCACUCCCUGAUUUCUAGCCGUGGUGACUAUGACUUAAUUUUUGAUGGGAUCCACGAAAAUAUUUUGCAGCUCCAUUAUCAUGAUCCAGUCAUGCGAAAGACUGUCAAAUGCUUGCAUAGUCUUGGCGUCUCUGAUUUAGUUCAUCAAUAUAUUAUGCGUACACAAAAGAUGUCCCUUCAAGUUUAUCAACCCGCCAUCGCAAUCGCUGUACGUGGUUUGGUAGCACAAAAUGAGAGACCAAAUAUUGAAUGGCCAAAGUCUUUCCAGAGAUACCGGACAAUGUUGAUGGAAAAGAUGGACAUAUUACGGUCUUGGCACAACAAAAUUUCGCCACACAUCUCAAGGCAUCUGUCAACAAAAUCCUUUGUAGAAGAUUCAAUAUCUCCGUUACUGCAUAUUCUAUCACCACCAACUCUUAGGCCGGUGGCAGUUCACUUACUAUCAGAUAAAGAGAAAAAGGAUAUGAUUCAAUUGGUGAAUACAAUGGUCUCCUAUUCUAUGACCUAUAAAAACCAGAAGGCUGAUCCUGUACCCAGUAUCCUUAGACAUGAAGCAGUUGUGGAGGCUUCAAUGCUUUCAUUUGAUCCUCCUAUUGGUGACUUAAUAAACUUCAAGGGCUAUUCAUCUAGUCACUUUGUUCUUGCCGCAGCUAUGAAGCAAGUCUUGGUGCAUGAGGUGGAAAAGCAAAAAAUUCUGCAAGGAAGCAUCAGCAAAUCCAUGGAUCCAACUGACGUUUGCAGCAAAGGAAACCUGACACCAGUUGGGGAACAAAAAGGCCGAGCACAAUCUUCUGCAUUUGGUUGUGCAACAACUUCAUGUGCUGAAAACAUGCAAAAUGCCAAGAAUACAUCAAAUUUGAAGCAAUCUAAGUUGGUAACUAACCAAGUUUCAGCAGCUUCAGGAUCUACUUUAAGUGCCACAGCUAAUGUACAAGUGAGUUCCCCAGGACCUUCAAAGAAGCCCUCUAGCGGAUCCUUCAACUUCUUUGACAGGUUUAGAAAGUUGAGCAGCAAAGGUUCUGAAAAUGCUGAUAAUCCUAAGAAUAAGCCACCAACCUCGGAGAGAGAUUCACGUCCUCUGCUAUUUAAAUUCAAUGAGGGUUACACUAAUGCAGUAAAAAGGCCUGUUCGGAUUCGCGAGUUUCUUCUAUAAUGCAACUGUCUGAUAGGCAAUAUGGAGCUGCUGUUUUGAGUGGCCACAUUGUACUUAAUGUUCAGAUGCUGUAACUUUUGCUAUGCAAACAAUGUAAUAUUCUGAAUGCUUUUUGAUGCAAUAAAAAAUUUGUCCUUUACCAUCUGC